AUGAGUGGUUAUAAGAGCUUGGGGGCACUAGAGAAGCUCACCACCAUAGAUUUCUCCCACAAUUUGUUCGACAACAGUAUUGCUCCUUUCCUAAGUGCUGCAGCAUCGCUUAGGACUCUACAUCUUGACUCUAAUUAUAUGGAAGGUGUCUUUCCUCCUAAAGAACUUUCCAACAUGACAAAACUGAGAGUGUUAAACUUGAUGGACAACAGUUUCAGUUUAUUAUCCGUUCAAGGUUUAAUAACCGGAAUCAGAGAAUUAGAAGUACUGGAUCUUAGUUUCAAUGGUGUCAACGACUCUGAGGCUAGUCACAGGUAUAGUACGGCGAAACUGAAAACACUAGAUCUUACUUACAAUCUAUUGUCAGAUUUUUCUCAGUUAAAAGCACUGGAAGAUUUGAAAAAGUUGCAAGAACUGGAUCUCAGUGACAAUGGGUUCACAAAUUUGGAUCGUGGUUUAGUGAUUCCAACAUCUUUACAAGUAUUGGAUCUCAAAGGGAAUCGAUUAUCUUUGACCCACGAAGGCAAUUUAGAGAUUUGCAGACUAAUAAAUCUCGUGGAGGUGGAUUUGAGCAGAAAUGCCUUAACAGUUCUACCUAAUUGCUUGGGUAACUUGACGCAUCUUCGAACUCUUGAUCUAUCGAGCAACUUAUUAAACGGAGACCUAUCUUCCUUUGUGUCUGGUCUACCAUCAGUUCUUCAAUACUUGUCGCUUAUCGAUAAUAACUUCAACAGUUCCUUCUCGUUCAACUCACUGGCCAAUCAAACAAGACUCACCGUAUUCAAACUGUCAUCAGUCGUCGGUAUGAUCCAAGUUCAGACUGAGCGUUUUUGGGCUCCGUUGUUUCAGUUAAAGAUGUUACAUUUAUCCAAUUGCAGUCUUGGCAGCACAAUGCUCGGCUUCCUCAUGCAUCAGCGUGACUUGUGUUUCGUUGAUCUCUCUCAUAACAAGUUGACAGGAACAUUCCCGGCUUGGCUUGUGAAGAACAACACAAGGCUGCAGACUAUUUUACUAAGUGGGAACUCAUUGACAAAGCUUCAACUACCUACGCUUGCUCAUGGCUUGCAAGUUCUCGAUGUCUCGACUAACAUGAUAUAUGAUUCAGUUCAACAAGACAUAGGGCUUGUUUUUCCAAACCUGAGGUAUAUGAACUUCUCUUCGAAUCAUUUUCAAGGAACCAUUCCAUCUUCGAUUGGCGAGAUGAAAAGCUUACAAGUCUUGGACAUGUCUUCUAAUGAUCUAAAUGGGCAGCUGCCUGAAACACUUUUAAGUGGUUGCUACUCGCUGAAGGUUCUGAAGCUCUCCAACAACCAAUUACAGGGGAGUGUAUUUUCAAGGCAUGCAAAUCUUACUGGUUUGCUCGGGCUUUUUCUUGAUGGCAACAAUUUUAGUGAGAGUCUUGAAACGGGAUUGUUGAAGUCAAAGAAUCUAACUCUUUUAGACAUAUCAGAUAAUAGGUUUUCGGGGAUGCUUCCGCUUUGGAUUGGUCGGAUGUUAAGCCUUUCCUACAUAUACAUGAAGGGAAAUCAGCUAAAAGGUGCUUUCCCUUUUCAACUACAGAGUCGUUGGGUCGAGGUUAUGGACAUCUCACACAAUAGCUUCUCUGGUUCCAUACCAAAGAAUGUGAAUUUUCCAUCUCUCAGAGAGCUGAGAUUGCAGAACAAUGAGUUUAUGGGCUCAGUUCCGGGUAGUUUAUUCAAGGCUGAGGCAUUAGAGGUGCUUGAUUUGCGGAACAACAAUUUUUCCGGAAUAGUAUUGAACACUGAUGGCGAGACAUCUAAGCUACGUGUUCUUCUUCUACGGAAUAAUAGCUUUCAUACUCAUAUCCCUGAGAAACUAUGUCAGCUGAGUGAAGUUGGUCUCCUGGACUUAUCUCACAAUGAAUUCGAAGGCGACAUACCAUCAUGUUUCAGUAAUAUGUCUUUUGGUGCAGAGAGAUACGAGCGUACCAUGUCGUUCGUUGCAGAUUUUGACCUCUCGUACAUUACAUUUUUGCGAAACUGUCAGUACGCAUCGCAUCUUAGCUUGGAUGGUAAUGUCAGGAACGGUUACCAGUCGAAACCAGCAACCGUAGUGGAUUUUCUAACGAAAAGCAGAUAUGAAGCAUAUCAAGGUGAUGUUCUCAGUUACAUGUAUGGUCUGGAUUUGUCAAGCAACCAAUUAUCCGGUGAGAUUCCAGCUGAGAUCGGAGAUCUAGAGAAUAUCAGAUCCCUGAAUUUGUCAAGAAACCUCCUCACAGGCUCCAUACCAGAUAGCAUUUCAAAGCUGAAGGGGUUAGAGAGUCUUGAUUUAUCCAACAAUAAGCUAGGAGGAAGCAUCCCUCCUGAGCUAGCCGAUCUCAACAGUUUGGGAUACUUGAAUAUCUCAUACAACAAUUUAUCCGGUGAGAUCCCUUUCACAGGCCAUCUUGUAACCUUUGACGAAACGAGUUACAGAGGCAAUGCUCAUCUCUGUGGACUUCCUACCAAGAAAAGCUGCAACCCGGAGAGAGUCUCGGAGCCAAGUGCAUCAAAGCAGGCCAAAGAGGAAGAAGAAGAAGAAGAAGAAGGUGGUGGUGUGAUAGAUAUGGUGUGGUUUUAUUGGACUUGUGGUGCAGUCUACAUCUCCACAUUAAUGGCCUUGUUUGCGUUUCUCUGCAUAGACACACGCUGGUCCCGUGAAUGGUUUUAUCGGAUCGAUCUAUUUGUUCAUCAUCUUCAACGCCUCAAGCGUUCCUUUGUCUGCAACUGA